GAAAGUUACUGUAGCUUCUGAAUAAUAAUUCCGUGGGUUCCCACAAAAAUCCAGCAAUAUAUAUACGAGGAACCGUGGUGUGACCAUCAUCUUCCCUCCUACUGCUAGCUCGCACCACCGCCAGGAUCUUUGGCCCUCAGCGAAAAGAGCAAAGCGCCGGUCCUUUCCCUCCGGUUCCUCGUUUUGGUAGUAUUCCGCCAUUCAAUUCUCCUCCUCCUCGAGACGCAACCAUAACUCGGAUACAACAAAAGAGAAGGCAGAAGAGAGGCAGCUGCGUACACGCCGAACGUCACCUCAGGCAUGGGGGACGCCACCUCCAACCAUCCUGUUCUUGCGCCACCAAGUGCCCACGGACAGUCGAGCUUGGACGCCGCGACCGGUGGGUUCAUCGCCCUCGACAUCGGCGCCCUCUCCUCGCUCGCCGGCAACGGCCCAGAAACAACGGCGACGGCGCCGCCACCUCCGGUCUCGACCCCACGGACACCCCGGGUGGUGAGGUCGCUGUCGAGGAAGGGAUCAGACCGGAAGCAGGCCGACGGCGACGCCAACGGCACCACAGGAAAUGGCGCAGGGACGGGCGAGAGGCCCCCACUGUCCCCGCUCUUCGUCCACGUGGCAGCCGCCGACGAGAUGCUCAACGGGCUCCGGACGCCCGGUGGCGCCGGCACGCCGGGAGGGAAGUCCCGGCGGCUGGGACGGCGUCCGGCGCCGUGGCUCGAUCCACGGAGGGUCGUCUUCCUCUUCGCCACGCUGUCCAGUGUGGGAACGUUGAUCCUGCUCUACUUCACCCUUUCCAUGAGCAAGAUGAACGACGCAGGAAGCGGUGCGGAGGGCACUGUCAGCGAUGCGCGGUAAAACCUGGACCUUGGAGCGCAGAGAGAUUUUUCUUGUUCAGAGGAUGGUUUUCAACAUAUGAUCUGUAAAGAUCGUGACGGGGACUAAUCUUACUUGAGUGUAUGGUGGUAUCAGAUGGCACAGCAGAAUACAUGACAAAUGGCAGAGAGGAGAUUAGGCUGGUUGGGGCCUGAUAGGGAAGUUUGUGAUGCUAGUAGUCCUCUCUUUGUGUUUGGUUUCUUCUGUUCUUUCCCCCCCCCCCCCCCUUUUUUUUUCUCUAAUUGCUGGAAAGAAUACGUGUCGCUUUGGAGCGAUGAUACUGGAUUUUUUUCCUCCUUGCAGAUA